CUUUAAAAUCCUUGGAUUUUAAUCCUUUUGUGCUAACAAAGCUAGAACCCCCAUAUAGAUAUCAUCGUCUUCUCCUUAUUGUUGGUGUCGAAAAUUUUGAUUGCAGAAGAUGGGGAGCACGGACAAGGCUAUAAGCCUUGAGGAGAUCAAGAACGAGACUGUUGAUCUGGAGAGGAUUCCCAUUGAGGAAGUGUUUGCACAGCUGAAAUGUUCCAGAGAAGGUCUAAGCUCUGCGGAAGGAGCCCAGAGGCUCGAGAUUUUCGGUCCCAACAAGCUAGAAGAGAAGAAGGAAAGCAAGUUUCUCAAGUUCCUUGGGUUUAUGUGGAACCCUCUAUCAUGGGUUAUGGAAGCUGCAGCUAUUAUGGCUAUUGCUUUGGCCAAUGGAGAUGGGAAGCCCCCAGAUUGGCAAGAUUUUGUCGGUAUUGUCUGCCUGUUGGUGAUCAACUCCACUAUCAGUUUCAUUGAAGAAAACAAUGCUGGAAAUGCAGCUGCUGCGCUUAUGGCUGGUCUUGCUCCUAAGACUAAGGUGCUUAGAGAUGGAAAAUGGUCUGAGGAGGAGGCUGCCAUUCUGGUUCCAGGAGAUAUCAUCAGCGUCAAGUUGGGAGACAUCGUCCCAGCUGAUGCUCGUCUUCUUGAGGGCGAUCCUUUAAAGAUUGAUCAAUCUGCCCUUACCGGAGAAUCACUUCCAGUGACCAAGCAUCCAGGUGAUGAAGUAUUCUCUGGUUCAACAUGCAAACAAGGUGAAAUCGAAGCUGUUGUCAUUGCCACUGGUGUCCACACCUUCUUUGGGAAGGCUGCUCAUCUUGUUGACAGCACCAACAAUGUUGGACAUUUCCAGAUGGUUCUCACCGCUAUUGGAAACUUCUGUAUCUGCUCCAUUGCAAUUGGAAUGUUGAUUGAGAUUGUAGUCAUGUACCCUAUUCAGCACAGAAAGUACAGGGAUGGAAUUGACAAUCUCCUUGUACUCUUGAUCGGAGGCAUUCCUAUUGCCAUGCCUACCGUCUUGUCUGUGACGAUGGCUAUUGGAUCUCACAAACUCUCUCAGCAGGGUGCCAUUACCAAGAGAAUGACUGCCAUUGAAGAAAUGGCCGGUAUGGAUGUGCUUUGCAGUGACAAGACAGGAACACUUACUCUUAACAAGCUUAGCGUUGACAAAAACUUGAUUGAGGUGUUUGCCAAGGGUGUGGAGAAAGACCAUGUGGUUCUGCUUGCUGCUAGGGCAUCUAGAGUCGAAAACCAGGAUGCCAUUGAUGCUGCCAUGGUUGGAAUGCUUGCUGACCCAAAAGAGGCUCGGGCUGGCAUUCGAGAAAUUCACUUCUUGCCAUUUAAUCCUGUGGACAAGAGAACUGCUUUGACUUACAUUGAUUCUGAUGGAAAUUGGCACAGAGCAAGCAAAGGUGCACCUGAGCAGAUUUUGGACCUCUGCAAGUGCAAAGAGGAUUUCAAGAAGAAGGCUUUUGCCAUUAUUGACAAGUAUGCUGAACGUGGUCUUCGGUCUUUGGCUGUUGCUAGACAGGAAGUGCCUGCGAAGGCAAAAGAAAGUGAGGGUGGUCCAUGGCAGUUGGUUGGGUUGUUGCCUCUUUUCGAUCCGCCAAGACACGAUAGUGCAGAAACUAUUCGCCAGGCCCUUAAUCUCGGGGUGAAUGUUAAGAUGAUUACUGGUGAUCAACUUGCUAUCGCAAAGGAAACUGGUCGCAGACUUGGAAUGGGAACAAACAUGUAUCCAUCUGCUUCAUUACUUGGUCAAGACAAGGAUGCAAGCGUAGCUGCCCUCCCAAUUGAAGAGUUAAUCGAGAAGGCUGACGGGUUUGCUGGAGUGUUUCCAGAGCACAAAUACGAGAUUGUGAAGAAGUUGCAGGAGAGAAAGCACAUUUGUGGAAUGACAGGAGAUGGUGUUAAUGAUGCCCCUGCAUUGAAGAAGGCAGAUAUUGGAAUUGCUGUUGCUGAUGCUACAGAUGCUGCACGAGGUGCUUCCGACAUUGUUCUUACAGAACCUGGAUUGAGUGUCAUCAUCAGUGCAGUUUUGACCAGUAGAUGUAUUUUCCAGAGAAUGAAGAACUACACAAUCUAUGCAGUUUCCAUCACCAUCCGUAUUGUGUUUGGUUUCAUGUUUAUUGCACUCAUAUGGAAGUUUGACUUCUCUCCAUUCAUGGUUUUGAUUAUUGCCAUAUUAAACGAUGGAACAAUUAUGACAAUCUCAAAGGAUAGAGUUGUGCCAUCUCCCCUUCCUGAUAGCUGGAAAUUGAAAGAGAUAUUUGCUACUGGGAUUGUGCUCGGAGGUUACUUGGCAUUGAUGACUGUUAUAUUCUUCUGGUUGAUUAAAGAAACCGACUUCUUUUCAGACAAAUUUGGUGUCAGAUCUAUAAGGGAGAGUCCUGAGGAUCUAAUGGCUGCCUUGUACCUACAAGUCAGUAUUGUGAGUCAGGCUCUCAUUUUUGUCACUCGGUCACGAAGCUGGUCCUUUAUGGAACGCCCUGGACUACUAUUACUGGGUGCUUUUGCCAUCGCCCAGCUGAUUGCAACUUUGGUGGCAGUAUAUGCUAACUGGGGAUUUGCAAGAAUACAUGGAGUCGGUUGGGGAUGGGCCGGUGUCAUCUGGCUUUACAGCAUUGUCUUCUAUUUCCCACUCGACAUUAUGAAGUUUGCCAUCCGUUACAUCUUGAGUGGAAAGGCAUGGCUCAACAUGCUAGACAACAGGACUGCCUUUACCACCAAGAAAGAUUAUGGAAAAGAGGAGAGGGAAGCUCAAUGGGCUCAUGCACAGAGGACCCUUCAUGGACUCCAAGCACCAGAAAGUAGUUCACUGUUUAACGACAAGAGCAGCUACAGAGAGCUGUCUGAGAUUGCCGAGCAGGCUAAGAGACGAGCAGAGAUGGCAAGACUUCGUGAGCUUACCACACUCAAGGGACAUGUCGAGUCAGUGGCCAAGCUGAAGGGCCUGGACCUUGAUUCAAUCCAGCAACAUUACACAGUGUAAGAAUCCCAAAUGGAAAUUUUACCCGGGAAACCAGAGGCCACAAUUCAACGAUGUAUCAAAUUCAAGAGGAGAGACAAAUCAAGAAGGCCUAAUUAGUUUAAACAUUUUCUUGAUACGAUGGAGAGCUGUCUGUGCAAUAUAUAACUACUCUCCUGUUCGCCUGUAUUUUUACUUUCUCAUGUAUUUCAAGUGCCAGCAAAAAAAGGUUGUGUUUGGUUUAGUUUUGUUCUCUUGUAGGGGCCAAGUACCCAGUUUAUCCUUUGAUUCUCAUAGCACUAUUUUUUUCACCUUACUU